AUGGCGUCCAGUUACUCCCCGAAACACUUCCUCGUCACCUUUCCAGCCGAAUAUGUCGCCCACGUCGAAAUCAACCGAGCAGACAAGCUCAACUCGUUUUUCGAAGCGAUGUGGCUAGAGCUCCGUGAUAUAUUCAGCCAACUCUCCCACGACCCCAACGUCCGCGCGGUUAUCCUCUCGGGUGCUGGUUCCCGCGCAUUCACUGCCGGGCUGGACGUCAAGGCUGCAUCGAAGGGUCUUCUCGGCCCAAAGCCAGAUGCUGACGCUGCUAGACAUGCUGCCGUCUUCCGCCGUCACAUCGCGUCCUUCCAGGACUGCAUCACAGCUGUAGAAAAAUGUGAAAAACCCGUCAUUGCCGCGAUGCACGGGAUUAAUUUCGGGCUUGGAAUUGACCUUUCGGUUGCCACUGAUAUUCGAUACUGCUCAGCUGACACGAAAUUCUGCGUCAAGGAGGUCGAUAUCGGACUCGCUGCAGAUAUUGGCACGCUCUCGAGGCUGCCCAAGGCAGUAGGAAGCUAUAGCUGGGUCAAGGACGUUUGUCUGACGGCCAGGAUUUUUGGGGCCAAAGAGGCGAAGGAGGUCGGCUAUGUCAGUGCCGUGUUUGAUAACAAGGAUAUUAUGAUUGAGAAGGCGUUGGCUGCUGCAAAGCUGAUUGCCUCCAAGAGUCCGGUUGCGGUGCAAGGCACCAAGGAAUUGUUGAACUGGUCAAUUGACCAUUCUAUCCAGGACGGUUUGAGAUACACUGGUGUGUGGAAUAGUGCUGCUCUCCAGACAGGGGAUAUAUCAGCGGCACUUCUAUCAGGCCUAGAGAAACGUACCCCUACCUUUGAGAAGCUAUGA